GCAACACCCAUCCCGUCCGAGAGGAGUCUGGCCGCAAUAAUCAGUUUAUCCACACAAGCGCAAUCAUCAAGAGACAUUGCCUCAACUGAUUUCGAAAGGAUUUGAGAAGGAACCUAGGAUACGGAACUACAGAAGGAUGUGGAUUACAUUCGUGCUGGUGGCGGUCUUUGCGUCAACGGCAACUGGAGCCAAGCAGUACUGCGUGUCCUCGCGAUGCGUAGCGUCGUGUCCGGAUGGGUUACCCCAGAGUGGGGACACUAGAGGACCCAAUGGACUGCUGACCAAGAUCACAGAAAGUGAGGCUGGGCCGACUUGUCUUUGCUACUGCGGUGCGAAAGCCGGUGGAAUCUGUGACAGCAGUGAUGACUGUCGACCAGGGACUCAUUGUGUGGCCGACGGACUGGGCAAAGGCGUCUCGGGAAUAUGUCGGGAUGAUUGUGACGACUAUAAAGAGCCUUACCAUAAAUGCAAGACGGACAAAAAAACUGGGAAGGUGACAGUGACGUGCAACAUGUACCAAUGUGACUCGAAUGUUGGUCCCUCUGUCUGUGUCAAUGUCAUAUCCGGCAGAGGAAUCUCAUCGGCGCGGACAUUCAAAAAUGAGUGUGAAUUCGUCAAUUACGCCUGUACGAUGAAGGUUAUCAACCCAAUGGAAAAGUUCACGUUCAAGAGAACCGCGUGUCUUUCGAGUAAAAGUGGUCAGGAUCAGCAGAACCAGCAGAACCAGCAGAACCAACAGAACCAGCAGAAUCAGCAGAGCCAACAGAGCAAGCAGAACCAGCAGAACCAGCAGAACCAACAGCUUCAGCAGAACCAGCAGAACCAGCAAAACCAGCAGAACCAACAGCUUCAGCAGAACCAGCAGAACCAGCAAAACCAGCAGAACCAACUGCUUCAGCAGAACCAGCAGAGCCAGCAGAACCAGCAGAACCAACAGCUUCAGCAGAACCAGCAGAACCAGCAGAACCAACAGAACCAGCAGAACCAGCAGAACCAACAGCUUCAGCAGAACCAACAGAGCCAGCAGAACCAGCAGAACCAACAACUUCAGCAGAACCAGCAGAACCAGCAGAACCAACAGCUUCAGCAGAACCAGCAGAACCAGCAAAACCAGCAGAACCAACAGCUUCAGCAGAACCAGCAGAACCAGCAGAACCAACAGCUUCAGCAGAACCAGCAGAACCAGCAAAACCAGCAGAACCAGCAGAACCAGUAGAUCCAGCCCAAGAUCAAGCCUUUGCAAGCGUGAGGUCCUCUGUUUGAAACAUCCCUUACGAAUAUGUACUUGCCUGGGAUCAUCCUGACAAAAUCAGGGGUUAAUGUUCAUUUCUCGACCGUGAACCUUAACCCCUGAUUUCCUUAGUAUGGCCUGGAAUAGGCUUACUAUCAACAUGGACAUCCCUUUAAGGGAACAUAUUAUAAAAACUUACUUGCAUGGAAUACUAUCACUGAACAUGGACUUAAGGGAUGACUGAAGGUAUGUCGUGAAAUUUCCAAGACUUUUCAAUUAUUUUUGAAUUCUCAUCUUAUUUAAGAUAGGCCCUUCAUGAUUCAAAAUAAAGUGUC